UGCGCUUGAAAAUCGCGCGCGGCCCCGCGGCCAGCCUGCGUAGGGGCAAGGCGCAGCCAAUGGGAAGGGUCGGGGGCAUGGUACAGCCAAUGGGAAGGGCCGGGGCACCAAAGCCAAUGGGAAGGGCCGGGAGCGCGCGGCGCGGGAGAUUUAAAGGCUGCUGGAGUGAGGGGUCGCCCGUGCACCCCGUCCCAGUCGUCCUGUCCUGGCCGCUCGCUCUGCUUCGCUGCGCCGCCACUAUGCUCUCCGUCCGUGUCCCGCUCGCGCCCAUCACGGACCCGAAGCAGCUGCAGCUCUCGCCGCUGAAGGGGCUCAGCUUGGUCGACAAGGAGAACACGCCGCCGGCCCUGAGCGGGACCCGCGUCCUGGCCAGCAAGACCGCGAGGAGGAUCUUCCAGGAGCCCGCGGAGCCGAAAACUAAAGCAGCUGCCCCCGACGUGGAGGAUGAGCCGCUGCUGAGAGAAAACCCCCGCCGCUUUGUCAUCUUCCCCAUCGAGUACCAUGAUAUCUGGCAGAUGUAUAAGAAGGCAGAGGCUUCCUUCUGGACCGCCGAGGAGGUGGACCUCUCCAAGGACAUUCAGCACUGGGAAUCCCUGAAGCCCGAGGAGAGAUAUUUUAUAUCCCAUGUUCUGGCUUUCUUUGCAGCAAGCGAUGGCAUAGUAAAUGAAAACUUGGUGGAGCGAUUUAGCCAAGAAGUUCAGAUUACAGAAGCCCGCUGUUUCUAUGGCUUCCAAAUUGCCAUGGAAAACAUACAUUCUGAAAUGUAUAGUCUUCUUAUUGACACUUACAUAAAAGAUCCCAAAGAAAGGGAAUUUCUCUUCAAUGCCAUUGAAACGUUGCCUUGUGUCAAGAAGAAGGCAGACUGGGCCUUGCGCUGGAUUGGGGACAAAGAGGCUACCUAUGGUGAACGUGUUGUAGCCUUUGCUGCAGUGGAAGGCAUCUUCUUUUCCGGUUCUUUUGCAUCAAUAUUCUGGCUCAAGAAACGAGGACUGAUGCCUGGCCUCACAUUUUCUAAUGAACUUAUUAGCAGAGAUGAGGGUUUACACUGUGAUUUUGCUUGCCUGAUGUUCAAACACCUGGUACACAAACCAUCAGAGGAGAGAGUAAGAGAAAUAAUUAUCAAUGCUGUUCGGAUAGAACAGGAGUUCCUCACCGAGGCCUUGCCUGUGAAGCUCAUUGGGAUGAAUUGCACUCUAAUGAAGCAAUACAUUGAGUUUGUGGCAGACAGACUUAUGCUGGAACUGGGUUUUAGCAAGGUUUUCAGAGUAGAGAACCCAUUUGACUUUAUGGAGAAUAUUUCACUGGAAGGAAAGACUAACUUCUUUGAGAAGAGAGUAGGCGAGUAUCAGAGGAUGGGAGUGAUGUCAAGUCCAACAGAGAAUUCUUUUACCUUGGAUGCUGACUUCUAAAUGAACUGAAGAUGUGCCCUUAUUUGGCUGAUUUUUUUUUUCCAUCUCAUAAGAAAAAUCAGCUGAAGUGUUACCAGCUAGCCACACCAUGAAUUGUCCGUAAUGUUCAUUAACAGCAUCUUUAAAACUGUGUAGCUACCUCACAACCAGUCCUGUUUAUUUAUAGUGCUGGUAGUAUCACCUUUUGCCAGAAGGCCUGGCUGGCUGUGACUUACCAUAGCAGUGACAAUGGCAGUAUUGGCUUUAAAGGGAGGGGUGACCCUUUAGUGAGCUUGGCACAGCAGGAUUAAACAGUCCUUUAACCAGCACAGCCAGUUAAAAGAUGCAGCAUCACUGCUUCAGCGCAGAUUUUAAUGUUUACUUAAAUAUAAACCUGGCACUUUACAAACAAAUAAACAUUGUUUGUACUCACAAGGCGAUAA